AUGAUAUUCGUGAUACAACGGCAAACUCUAUCACAACCACAAGGAGAUGCUGAUUUUUUGGCGAUAGUGCGGACGAUAUCGCUUUUCGCCGAGUUUUUCGCCUGCGCCAUCGACAUGUUCGUCAACGCGUUGGUUGCUUUCCUGCUCGUUCGAAGGAAGGAGAGGGUUCGUUUUAAGUUCAAAAAAGCUAAGGAAUUGAUUGAUUUGGUGUUCUUCUAUAAAUGGAUUGAAAAAACACAGAUUUUGUAAAAUUCGGCUUUAAGAGAGAAAGAAAGUGAAGACGAAUGAAAAACCGGAAAUAUUUUUUAUUGCCAGCAGUGAAUGGAAUGAAAGCUGCGUAAAUCGAGCCCAAGAGGCGAAAAUUCUUAACGGAGCGCAAAGGAACUCUUUUUAUAGUCGAUAGUCGUUUUUUAUAUCUAGCUGGUCUUUUAAAAAAUAGAAUGUAUUCGAAAGAAUAAGUUACGUAAAUAACGCGACAAGAGCCGAAAGAUUACGUUGGGGCGCAUAAGGUCAUUAUUCUCAUUUUUUUUUCCCUUUUAGACUCCUUCAAGUUACCUUAUCACCACGAUAGUUCUGAUGUCAUGGUUCCGGUGCACCUGCAAUUUGCUUCUGCAAUCGUCGGCGCCGGCGCCAACUUCCAAGCGACCGAUUUCCGAGGAGGCGACUCUCGACGCCAUUUUUUCACUUUAUAUCGAAUAUUUCAUCACUGUUCACCAACACAUCGGCUUUUUCUUCCUGGCCCUCGUCCAUUUUGGCGGAAUUUUCUGGAAGAACCUUCAUAGAUUCUUGUUACAUUCGUAUGUUUCUACUAGUUAUUUGAAGGAAAAACAGUGGAAAGAAAGCUCAAAAAUAGCUCGAAAGUUAGCCUUGAAUGAGGCCAAGAUUAAAUAAAAAAACCAAAAGAAAAUAUUGAAACGUUUUUAAAAGACUCCAAAGAAAUGAAAGUGUUUCUAACAUUUUAGGGCCUUUUUAAACUUCUAUUGCUGUGGAGAAACUGAGAGGAAAAAGCUCGAGAAGACUGGAAAAAUGAAGAUCAGCGGUAGCCUGAAGAUAUGUCAGAGAAACGAGAGCGUUCUUGCCAGUUCAGAAUCUCUUCAGAAUUUCAUAAUCUCUCACUUUCUCCUUUUUUGACCGGGAUCUAUGGCUUCUGAUUCAUUAGAAAUGAACCUUUGUUAUUCCUUGGGAAAAAGCCUUCUGAUUAUCCUUUUCUAGAUUUCAAGGGGUAGUUUUUUCCAGACAAUAUUCCAUAUUGCUGGCGCCGACGUUCGUCAUAGUCUCGACGGCCAUCACCUACUGUAGUAUGACUUAUUCGCGAAUUCAUCGGGUUUACCUCAACGGAAUCGGUUAUCUCGACAUGGUCAUCUAUCCGGGUUUUCAUUUUGUUAGUUUUUCGGAUACCUUUUCUGCCGAACCAACUUGUCAUUUUUUUUCUGGCCGUAUACCUUUAGAUCACAGGUCUUGAAGCAACCACACAAAAAAGCUUUGUGCACUGGGGCUUCUACUCUUUUUUUUUUUGAGGGGACGAACACGCGCGUAAUCGAUUGGAUUGACUUUUAGAUUGACUUUUAGUUUUCCGAAAUUAUCUGUAAGUCAAAGUCCGCAAUUUGAUGUGUACUGAGUUGGGAUUUUUCGAAUUUUUGUUGAAACAUGAAUCUAAAUAGAACCAAGAAAUUAUUCGAAAUAAACAAAAAGUUAAAAAAAACUGGGAGAUAGACCCACACAAAGUGCACACAUUUAAAUGCGGGAUUUCACAUACAGUACUCCUUGGAAAAAUGACAAUUGCUCUUGUUUUCAAAGCCGAAGAGAAGAAACUCAGAAAACGUUUUCAGAACUUUUUCGCGAUUCUGAACAGCUUAUUCUUCCCGACUAUUAUGAUGUUCACGGUCGUCUACCUCAAAAAUCGCUGGGAGCCGAAUUCUGCCUUCAAAUUCGUCACGAAACGGGAGCAAAUUGCGAGGAAACGGGUCCCGAAAAUCCUCAUCUCUGCUGUUCUUUUUGGAGUGAGUUUUUAUUCACAGAAAAUGAACCUAAGUGGCCUCUUGAGGUCUUUUCUUCGUGAAAAAAUUUCAGUUCCUCGUCCUACAAGAAAUUUUCUCGAGCUUAUAACUUGAUUUUGACAAGAGCUUUAGAAAAAUCAGGGCAUAUAACGACGUGCAAAAAUUUCAAAAAUGCUUAUCUUGGCUCUUAGAGCCGCUACGACUUAUUCAAUAAUAUUAUUCGAUUUUCCAGCUUUUUAAUGAUACAAAAAACUUAUGGGAUCCUUCAUUUUUCCUUUCUUUUCUAAAUUCUUCUUGCUUUUGCAGACCUUCAACUCUUCCGUCACGUUCGUCUCGUCCCAUUUCGCGAUUGUCGACAGAUAUCUCGUGAAUAUACCCGUUUUCAACCUGCUUCAGUGCGGUCCCGAACUUGUCUUUGCUGUUUUCAUAACGCGAGAAAUCGCGGCCAACAAAGGAGCCGUCCUGCCUCUGUCUAAGGCGAGCACCUCCAUUCGUUUAGGCAACUAA